AUGUAAACAAGAAAUUGGAAGAAGAAAAAACAACUCCUAGAAAAACUGGCCCAAAAAAAUGAAGCAAUAGCAAUAGCAAAAAAUGACCAGUAGUUAUUUGACAGUAAUAGGGAAUUUUUCUAGAGGUUCUAAAAUUUCUAUGAGAAUGUUAAGGAUAUCAAGAUUCCGUCCUUAUAGUUAUUGUAAGAAUAAUUUCAUAUCUCUGAAUUAUUAACUGAUCAAGAAGUGUACAAGUUACAAAGGGAUUUACAUGAACAAUGGACUCCAAAGCUACGCAAGAAUUGGACUGACGAUGAUAAAUAGAUUCUCAUCUGGGUAGUAUUGAAAAUUUGUUCAAAAGAGGGAAUCAAUAUCAGAAAAAUUCCUAACAAAGCUUGGGAAGAUGUAGUGUAGCUGAUCAGUCGCCGUACAGUUGAAUAAUGCAAAAAUAAGUGGACCGAUUUAUUAAAAUUAUCAUUAUAAUAAUUACCUUGGACUUAGGAGUAAGAUCGAUUGUUGCUCGAUUUAAUUAAAAAAAGCAAAGAGGAGGGCAAGUAAAACAAAUGGUGCAGUUUAGCCAAUUUACUCAAUCUGUAGUUCAAAGAAUCCCCAAGGACAGGAAAAUAAUGCAGAGAAAGAUGGAAUAAUCAUUUGAAUCCUGACAUUAAUAGAUAUCCUUGGAGUCUUGAGGAAGACAUAGAAUUGUUGGAAAUAGUGAAAAAGCAUCAAAGAAAAUGGGCAUUUAUCUCAAAAAAUUUAAAGACUAAAAGAAGUGAAAAUGCAGUUAAAAAUAGAUUUAAUUGUUUACUCAAAAAAAAUCAUUGCACCUCUAUUACUGCUCUCCUGAAUAUCCUCAAAAGCAGAUUUAAAUAUGAGAAUCCAACUAUUCCUGUAUCAUCUCUUAAGAAAUUGAAGGCCCAUCAUUAUUAUCCAAAAUUAUAGGAUCAUACCAAAUAAUUAUAUAAUAAUUAGACAAAAAAUCAGACACCAUUUACAAUAGGGAUAUUUGAUACUCUGAAUUUCUGCGAUCUCAAUAAUCUUCAGCCUGCAUUUUACAAUCCAAAUUCAUAAACCGUUAUUAUGAGCACUAAGCAGCAAUUAUAAAAUUACCUUAAUACCCAAAUGGUAAAAGUCGAAAAUGAUGUCGUCUUGAAUUUUGUUGGUGAAAUGAAUAAUCAAUAGCCAGAACUAUUGAAUAAUGUUUCCAGCAUCCUGAAUAUUAAUGAUUCUUCCAAUUGUGUGAGAUAUGUACCAAGCAUAAUUCCAAAUCUGGCUAUAAAUUCAAUAGGAAUCGAUGAUAAAAAAUCUCAAUUCAACAUUCCUGGAUUACAAGUCUAGAAUAUUCAAUAAAAUGGACUUUUAAGAAAUAAGAAUUGUAGUUCAUUCUCAUACUUUUCAACUUAAUCAUAAAAUGACAAUACAGAUAAAUCAAUUCAAAAUAAUAGCCCAAAGCAAGAUUAAAAUCAAAUAAAUAAAUAAUAAAUUGAGUUUGCAAUUAAUUAAUGA